CUGGGAAUACAGUGUCCAGGAAGUGCGGCCCCCGGGUCCUAGCUGCCUCACCCAGCCGGUCUCCUGGGAUGUCACGUGCGCAUCAAAGAAUACAUGCAUGUAUAGAUAACAUGCCCCUCUGUAUGUGCACAUACGCACACGUAUAUAAACACAUACAAGUAUACACACACACACACACACACAAAUUCAUACAUAUAAACAACCACAUAGAGGGAUAGAGAUGUAUAAAAUGCUCGGAUGCAUACAUACAUACACGUGCAAACAUAACACCAACACACACACAUACGCGCACCAAAUAAGAUAUACAUGCAGAAAUAUAUAGUGUACAACACACGCACAGAGGUUUUGGCCUUUCUUGCCCCAGUCGUCUCACCCCAGGGGUCCCCAGGACAAGCCAGCAGUGCACCACGCGGCGGGUCUCGCUGCUGCCCCCAGCGGCUGGAAGGAGGUGGGAGCGCGGCCAGAGGAGGUGUCUUCUUUAGCGCCUUCUGCGCAUGCGCUGCCGACAGGUGGGAGCCCUGGGGAAGGGGACUCAUUGCGCAUGCUCAGAGCGGAAGCAGUGCGGAGAGGGCGCGAAGUGGCAGAGCAAACACGGUGAGGGUGAAGGUGGAUGAGGGGACCUCACACAGGAUGCAGCCCAACGGGGCGCUGCAGGAGCCUAGUGACUCCUGGCCAGAGCAACCACAGCCGCAACCUGAGGGCGUGUCUCUGGAGGGGGCAGCACAGAGCAACAGUCCAGGGGUUCAGGUCCAGCCACCUCGUGGCCCCAGAGAGGAGACCCUCCCCAGCCUUCAGUCAGGUGCAGGGGCCCAGAGCAGAGCUCAUCAGCAGCCUCCUGAAGAAGGGCCUGCAAACAAGGAGCUGCCGACAGGCGCCCUGAGCCCUGAGCAGGGCCAGCUGCACAAGGGGCAGGGCAGGCUGGCAAGGCAGGGGGAGAGCAUGGAGCUCUGGGAAGCCUUUGAGGAUGUGGCUGUGUACUUCACGCGGGAGGAGUGGGAGCUGCUGGAGGAUGCACAGAAGGGGCUGUACCGGGACCAGAUGCUGAGCAACUGCCGAGCCCUCGUUUUCCUGGGAUAUCGAGGUCCCACACCUGACUUAAUCAGCCGCAUCCAGCAAGGACAGGAGGAGCUCUGGAUCUGUGAUGAGGACUGUAGGGAAAUCUUAAGGUUGGAGGACCUGUCGCCAGAACGCACUUGGCUGCUGAGCAGAGCUGUGGAGCAGAGUCCUGAAGAAGGGCCUGCAAACCUGGAGCAACCCUGCAGUUUGGGCGAGAUGGAGUUUCUGAGACAUGUGGAGGACCAGUGGCUCAAGAGCCAGGAAGGGCCCCAAAAGCUAAGGGAGAAUGUAGUAGUGAAGUGUGAGCCAUCUCCCCUUGGCUAUGAGAGCGGAGAAAGGACAGAAGCCAGAGAGCGCCCUGAGAGCAGGGAAGGAUUUGUGGGGCAAAAGAGCCAUGAAGAAAUGGUCCACUGGAGAGGGACCCUGCAUUUGAGCCAAGCCAGUGGGGAGGGCCUCAGAGGGAAGCAGGAGCUCCCCGCCAACCCCAGAGACAAAGCCCACCCCUCCUCUGAGUGCUGGAAAAGCUUUAGCUGCCCCUCACUCCUGACUCUGCACAAGAGAAGCCACAAUGGGGAGAAGCCCCACCUGUGCGCCACGUGCGGGAAGAGCUUUACCUGCCUCUCGACCCUGGCUGCUCACUGCAAAAUUCAUUUUGGAGAACUCUCCCACCACUUCAACAGAUGUGGGAAGAGCUUUGCAUACCCCUCGGACCUAGGCAAGCACCAUGUGCACAGGGGGAAGCAUCAGUACUGUUGUGUCGCAUGUGGUAACACCUUCCCCCAUUUCCUAUCCCUGGCUCAGCACCGGUACCUUCACGCCUGGGAGAAGACACAGUGCUCUGAAUUUGGGAAGAAAUUCAACCAUUCCUCCAUCCUGGCCAACAACCAGUGCACCCAGACAGGGGAGAAGCCACAUUGUUGCUGUGUGUGUGGGAAGUGCUUUGCCAGACCUACCCUCCUGGCCAUACACCAGCGCAUCCACACAGGGGAGAAGCCACAUCAGUGCUCUGAGUGUGGGAAGAGAUUCCGUGAAUCCUCCAGCCUGACAAAACACCGUCGCAUCCACACAGGGGAGAGGCCACAUCAGUGCUCUGUGUGUGGGAAGAGAUUCCAUGAAUCCUGCAACCUGACGAAACACCAGCUCGUCCACACAGGGGAGAAGCCAUAUCAGUGCUCUGAGUGUGGGAAAAGAUUCACUCGCUACUCCACCCUGGCUGACCACCAGCAUGUCCACGCAGAGGAAAAGCUUCAUUGUUGCUCUGAGUGUGGGAAGAGCUUCGCCAGAUCCACCCACCUGGCCAUACACCAGCGCAUCCACACAGGGGAAAAACCACAUCAGUGCUCUGAGUGUGGGAAGAGAUUCCGUGAAUCAUCUAGUCUGACCAAACACCAGCGCAUCCACACAGGGGAGAAGCCACAUCAGUGCUCUCAGUGUGGGAAGAGGUUCGCCCAGUACUCCACCCUGGCUAACCACCAGAGCGUCCACACAGGGGAGAAGCCACAUGGUUGCUCUGAGUGUGGUAAGAGCUUUGCUAGAUCCACCCACCUGGCCAUGCAUCAGCGCAUCCACACAGGGGAGAAGCCACAUCAGUGCUCUGAAUGCGGGAAAAGAUUCCGUGUAUCCUCUAGCCUGACCAAACACCAGCGCAUCCACACAGGGGAGAAGCCACAUCAGUGCUCUGAGUGUGGGAAGUGCUUCUCCCAAUCCUCCAGCCUGGCUAAUCACCAUCGCAUCCAUACGGGGGAGAAACCACAUCAGUGCUCCCAAUGUGGGAAGAGAUUCCGUGAAUCAUCCAACCUGACCAAACACCAGCGCAUUCACACAGGGGAGAAGCCACAUGAGUGUUCUGAGUGUGGGAAGAGCUUCAUCCAGUCCUCCCACCUUGCCCAGCACCAGCGAAUCCACACAGGGGAGAAGCCAUACCAGUGCUCUGUGUGUGGGAAGAGCUUCACUCAGUCCUCAAGCCUGGCCAAUCACCAGCGUGUCCACACGGGGAAGAAGCCACAUUAGUGCUCUGUGUGGGAAGAGCUAUGUCAAUGACUCCACCGUGGGCUGGCACCACUGCAUAUGCACAGUGUGGAAAGAAAGGGCUUCACCUGCCUCUCGACCCUGGCCGCUCACUGCAAAAUCCAUUUUGGAGAUCUCUCCCACCACUUCAACAGAUGUGGGAAGAGCUUUGCAUAUCCCUUGGACCUAGGCAAGCACCAUGUGCGCAGGGGGAAGCAUCAGUACUGUAGUGUUGCAUGUGGUAACACCUUCCCCCAGCACCAGUAUCUUCAUGCCUGGGAGAAGACACAAUUGCCUCCCAUGCCCAUUGGCUUCUGCAAAAGAGCUGCUUAUGGCAACCUGAGCCCAGUCAUGCUGGUUUUGCUUCUUGGCCUCUCUCCAGAACUCUGCAUCCCUAGGUGCCUGCUGUUCCCCAGCCUGUUCUCUUUGCCAAGGAUUCGCUGUGGUCUAGGGGUUGUACAAACCCUCGGCCUCAGGAGUCGGUCACACUCAAGGCCUCACUCCCGUGUACUGCUGUGCAGCAAGGCCUCUGCCCUUUGGCAAAAGCCUGUGGCCAAGGGCCAGUAGAGUGACUUUUCUGGGGGAAGGAGGGGGCAGCCUGUGGCAGGUCCUGCCUUUCCUGGGGAAGGACACAUCCUCUGGGUGAAAUACAGGAUGCUGUCAUGUCUGGGGAAUGUUCCCUGAUCACUAGUGUUCCAAUACACCGUGUCCUGUGUGGAGGAACUUGCUUUAGCUUCUCUUGUUCCUGUCCAGAUAAAAUGCAAGCACUAGAGACAUCCUGGUUAUAACACCCUGAGAUCCUGUGCCAGCUCUGGCAGCACCACUCCCUGCCACACCCCUGCUUCUGUGAGAGCAGAGACGGGUCCCUCUGGGGCACUGGGCCAGCUGGAAAGGCAGACUGGGAGAUCUGCUUGGUUUGAGGGUGCAAGACUCAACCCCUGCUCAUCUGACCAGGAGCCACCCUGAGUUCAAGCUGCCUCUGUCUCCUCACUAGCCAGAGACAGGACCCAGUGCAGGGCAGACACACAUGGAUGUGAGCACAUGCUAGACUCGUGUGUCCCCUGUCUCCAUCUGGUCCAGAGAAGCUUGCUGCCUCUCGUCCAGUGCCAAACACCCACCAGGUUCUCCAUGGAUGUCACCAUCGCCCUGCAGCUGGGUUCGCAGGGCUGGAUCCCCCACAAGAAGCAAGACCUCUAACGGCUUUCUGGAAGAGCCGCCUGAGUUUGGGCGUGUGUUGCCUUGACACGAGGUUAAAUAGUCACUGGUUGUGGUGACCUGGGCAUAGCUGUCCCUGUGUUCUGCUCUGGGUCUUUCCCAGGCUUUUGGGCUUUGCCGGUUGCCAUACGGAGCUGGGCAGGAAUCCUCCCCCCACCACCCCUUUCUGCUACAUGUGUCAGGGGGUGUCCUGUUUUUGAGCUUUCCUCUGAGGCAUUGGGUAUGUGGGCACUAGGCUGUGCUGAGCCAGCUGGGACAGGCCUCUACAAAAGAAUAGUAGAAGUCAUUAUGACUAUUCCUAUCACUGCUAUGGUUAAUAUUGUUAUUGGUGGUGUUAUUUAUUACAAUAAUAAUCCUAUUGUUGCUAUUAUUACUGCUUUAAUCAUAAUAGCAAUACUAGCAGUAAUGCCAAAAGUAGUAGUAGUAAUGUUGUUAUUCCUACUAUUGCUAUUGCACUAGCAAUAUUAGUACUAAUAGCAAUACUAAUAGUGCUACUCUGGCUAUUACUACUAUUAUUUCUAUUAGUAUUAUAGCCAGAGCAGUAGUAGCAACCGAAAUAUUUCUGCUACUCUUGCUAUUAUUAUUAAUAUAGUCAUAGUAGUAGCAGUAAUAAUGUUCCUAUUACUAUUGCUAUUAUUAUUAGUGCUACCGCUAUGGCUACUAACAUUUUCUAAUAAAAUUCUUAGAGUCAUCAUGAA